CUGCCUUUGGCCGUGGUCUUUCAAGAGCCUCCAGCUCAAGGCUUUCCCUCUUUUCCUUUGGGUCCUGCUCACCUAAAAGCUGAUGGGGUCCCUCUGGCAGCCCAUAGGUGCUGUGAGUGUCACCUUCUCCUUGCUGCAGGAUGACAAACGCUGCGAGUGGAUUUACCGGGGUUCCACGCGCCUGGAGCCCAUGUUCAGCAUGAAAACCUCCACGGCCUCCACCCAAGAGAAGAAGCAAAGUGGACAAGCGAGGACACGUCCCAACGUCGGUGCUGUGAGGAGCAAAGGGCCUGUGGUCCAGUACACCCAGGAUUUAACGGGAGCUGGUACCCAGUACAAAGCUCUGGAGCAAAUGCAGGCGGCCUCCCUGGCCGCACGCUCCGUUUCUCCGCAGCCCCCCGAGAUGGAAUGCUCCGACAGUCAGCUGGCCCAGGCCAGAAAGCAAGUGGCCAAGAAAAGCACUUCCUUCCGUCCUGGCUCCGUGGGCUCCGGGCAAUCGUCACCCUCGUCCCCUGUCCUGAGUGACACCCCUCCGGCGGGCAGGAGCGGAGCGGCCCCGCAGCACCGGCUCCCCGGUGGCCAGGCGGGCAGCGGCACGGCCCAGCCCUUCCACGGCAUGAUGGACCGCGUCCCCAACGAGCCCCCUUACCGAGCUCCUCUGGAGAAACUCUUCUACCUGCCCCACGUCUGCAGCUUCACCUGCCUGUCCCGCGUCCGGCCCAUCCGCAGCGACCAGUACCGCAGCAAGAACCCCCUGCUCAUCCCCCUGCUCUACGACUUCCGACGGAUGACGGCCCGGCGGCGCGUCAACCGCAAGAUGGGCUUCCACGUCCUCUACAAGACCCCCUGUGGGCUCUGCCUGAGGACCAUGCAGGAGAUCGAGCGCUACCUCUUCGAGACGGACUGCGACUUCCUCUUCCUGGAGAUGUUCUGCCUGGAUCCCUACGUGCUGGUGGAUCGCAAGUUCCAACCCUACAAACCCUACUACUACAUCGCCGACAUCACCAAGGGCAGGGAGGAUGUCCCCCUCUCCUGUGUCAACGAGAUUGACAACACCCCACCUCCCCAGGUGGCCUACAGCAAAGAGCGCAUCCCCGGCAAAGGGGUCUACAUCAACACCAGCUGGGAGUUCCUGGUGGGCUGCGACUGCAAAGACGGCUGCAGAGACAAAUCCAAAUGUGCCUGUCACCAGCUGACGGUCCAGGCGACGGGCUGCACCCCAGGAGGGCAGAUCAACCCCAAUUCGGGGUACCAGCACAAGCGGCUGGAGGAGUGUCUCCCCACGGGUGUUUACGAGUGUAACAAGAGGUGCAAGUGCAACAUCAACAUGUGCACCAACCGCCUGGUCCAGCACGGCCUCCAGGUCCGGCUCCAGUUGUUCAAGACCCAGAACAAAGGUUGGGGCAUCCGCUGCCUCGAUGACAUCGCGAAAGGCUCCUUCGUCUGCAUCUACGCAGGGAAGAUCCUCACGGAUGACUUUGCCGACAAAGAAGGGUUGGAGAUGGGCGAUGAGUACUUUGCCAACCUGGACCACAUCGAGAGCGUGGAAAACUUCAAGGAGGGCUACGAGAGCGACGCCAAGUGCUCCUCCGACAGCAGCGGGGUGGACCUCAAGGAGGAGGAGGAGGAAAACACGGGCACGGAGGAGCAGGAGGAGUCCAACGAGGACAGCUCCGACGACAACUUCUGCAAGGACGAGGACUUCAGCACCAGCUCGGUGUGGCGCAGCUACGCUACGCGCCGGCAGACGCGGGGCCAGAAGGAGAACGGGCUGUCGGAAACGGCCUCCAAGGACUCGGGGCUCACCCGGCAAAUCAGCCACGAGGAGCCGGCGGGGGCUGCCUCCUGUAAGCUCCCGGUGUCGGAGGAGACCUCCAAGAACAAAGUGGCCUCCUGGUUGAGCUCCAACAGCGUGUCCGAGGGCUUCCAGGACAACGACAGCACCUCCUCCUUCAAGAUGAGCGAAGGUGGUGAAGCCAAGGUGGGCAAAAUGGAGCAGCUCCCUGGUGAGAGAGAGAAACCUUCUGCUUCUGCCCCGGGCAACGUGGACGGAGAGUCGAAGGCCUUGAAGAAAGAUGAACCUGACGAUCCGACCAAAAUCCCCGGGCUGAGCGACGUGGGACGGCUCUACGGCUACAACCCCAGCCCCCCCAAACUGGAGGGGAUCCGCCGGCCCAUGAGCAAGACAGCACUGCUGCAGAGCAGGAGGCACUCCCUGGCCCCACAGCCCCCCACCGAUGACGUGCUGACCCUCUCCAGCAGCACGGACAGCGAGGGGGAGAACGGGCAGGCGGCGGCGGGACAGGGCACCCAGGGCACCACCAACGACAGCGACGACAUCCAGACCAUCUCCUCGGGCUCCGAGGAGGAGGAAGGGGACGACAAGAAAAACCUCUCCUCUGGGUCAGGUCCGGUGAAGAGGCAGGUGGCGGUGAAAUCCACGCGGGGCUUCGCCCUCAAGUCCACGCACGGCAUCGCCAUCAAAUCCACCAACCUGGCGGCGGCUGAGAAGGGGGAGAGCGCGCCCGUGCGCAGGACCACGCGCCAGUUCUACGACGGGGAGGAGUCCUGCUACAUCAUCGACGCCAAACUGGAGGGGAACCUGGGCCGGUACCUCAACCAUAGCUGCAGCCCCAACCUCUUCGUGCAGAACGUCUUCGUGGACACGCACGAUCUCCGCUUCCCCUGGGUCGCCUUCUUCGCCAGCAAGAGGAUCCGGGCGGGCACGGAGCUGACCUGGGAUUACAACUACGAAGUGGGCAGCGUGGAGGGCAAAGAGCUGCUCUGCUGCUGCGGGGCCAUCGAGUGCCGGGGGCGGCUGCUCUGAGACCCCCCACCACCCCCUUUUCCCCCCGGGUCCCCCGUAACCACGGGCUUCUUGGUGCUGUGAGUUGCCCUUUGGGGAGGGCAAAGUCUCCCCCCAAGAGAGAUUUUGGGGGGGCUGAUGAACGGUAACGGCUACGAGGGCGAGUAAUGGGGGUUUGGGCUUCUCCCCCCCCCCUUGAAAAGUCAUUGAUGGACACGGGGCAGAGAUGUCACACGUGGGAUGGACACGGGGGGGGAGCUGGGCUCCUACCACGUCACAGGGGCCACCAUCACCCCCCCAGGAGCCAGUUUGUCCCCAAAAAGCCACUCCCCCUCCCUCUCACCUCCCCCCCGUCACCUCCCCCCC